UCCUGGGGAAGAUGGUGGUCCGGAUCAGGCCUCGGAAAGUCGCUUGGAGAUUUCGGGCGGCUGCGGCCGCCGCUGUCGCAGUUCUGAUCGUGCAGAGUCUGGCAGUGUGGACCUUCAGCGGCCUGGAGAGUGAGGAGGAGGAGAAGGUGAGGGAGAAGAAAAUCAAAUUGCCAGACAGCAAUGAAGUGGACAGUUCUGAUGGACGACAUCUGGGGUCCAGCCGACGGCUGAACCCACGGAGAGCAAGUAGGGAACAGCCGGGUAGCACUGCCAGUGUACUGAGGACUAGUUUAAUAAGGCAAAAACCUGCAGUACGGCACAGAAUUGCCCCAAAAAUCCAGUACGGUGAUACCAUCCAAAAUGAUCCAUUCAGCAGUAGAAACACCAGCGAUGUGAAAGUGGAAUUGAAGAAUGGAGACAUCGGCAGUGUGGGGGGAGUUCCUCAACCCACCAGCAAUGGCUUCUCACCCAACUGUGACAUUGUGGGGAAGGAUGCCUCGUCCGCAUUAGCCAGGGCAAGCACUCAGCAGUGCCAACAAGAAAUCACCAAUGUUGUCUGUUUACACCAGGCUGGGAGACUGAUGCCCCACUCUAUACCUCGCUCCUGUCAUCUUUCAGGAAAACCCAACAGCAACAUCCAGUGGGACGACAGCAACGUAGAUGUGGCAUCAAUCCAGACCCCUGUAAGAAUUGUAUAUGUGCUUGUCGUUCAUGGUAGAGCCAUCAGGCAGCUCAAGCGACUGAUCAAAGCCAUCUAUCACCAAAAUCAUUUUUAUUACAUCCAUGUGGACAAGCGUUCCAAUUACCUGCACAGAGAGACGCUGAAGCUGUCACAGCAAUACCCAAACAUCCGGAUAACCCCAUGGCGAAUGGUUACAAUCUGGGGAGGGGCAAGUCUGCUGAAGAUGUAUCUGCAGUGCAUGAAAGAUCUACUGGAAAUGACAGACUGGGAUUGGGACUAUUUCAUCAACCUGAGUGCCACUGACUACCCCACCAGGACAAAUGAUGAGCUGGUGGGAUUCCUCUCCAGGUAUAGAGAGAAAAAUUUUUUGAAAUCGCACGGCCGCGAUAAUGCCAGAUUCAUCAAGAAGCAAGGCUUAGAUCGAAUAUUCCAUGAAUGUGACAACCACAUGUGGCGCCUCGGAGACAGGCACAUCCCUGAGGGCAUUAUAGUAGAUGGUGGUUCUGACUGGUUCGCUCUGACUCACAAGUUUGUGGCUUAUGUGGUGAGCACACAGGAUGAGUUGGUCACUCAACUAAAACGGUUCUACUGGUACACGCUACUUCCAGCUGAGUCAUUCUUCCAUACAGUGCUGGAAAACAGCCACAUGUGUGAGACACUGGUGGACAACAAUCUGCGGGUCACCAAUUGGAACCGAAAGCUUGGCUGCAAGUGCCAGUACAAGCACAUUGUGGAUUGGUGUGGCUGCUCACCAAAUGACUUCAAGCCACAAGACUUCAUAAGACUUCAGCAAAUGACCAGGCCGACAUUUUUUGCUCGCAAGUUUGAAUCGUCAGUUAACCAGGAAGUGAUUGAUAUAUUGGACUCCCACCUGUAUGGUAGUUACCCUCCAGGGACACCAGCCCUGAAAGCCUACUGGGAAAAUGUCUUUGAUCAGAUGGAUGGGUUGAGUAGCCUCACCGAUGUCACAAUUACCAGCUACAUGGCUUUCUUCAGGUUGGGCCUGAGCAAAGUGCAGACAUUGCAGCAAUCAAGAACAGACGACCGCUGCAGGUUUGAGCCUGUGGGACAUACUCUCUCUGUUCAUCUUUACUUCUAUGACGACCAGUUCCAAGGUUAUUUAGUGAUGCAACAAGUUAAGAAUGCGACUACAGGUCAGAAGGAGACCUUGGAGAGCUGGGUGGUACCUCGUCCCAUGCUGCGACUAGCAAACGUUGGCCCAGCACUUAACCGGCUCCAGAACCUAGAGGUAGGAACAGAAUGGGACCCCAAGGAGCGACUGUUCCGUAACUUUGGGGGUUUGAUUGGGCCAUUUGAUGAGCCAGUUGCCAUGCAGAAAUGGGCCAAGGGCAGUAACAUGACCGCCACAGUUGUAUGGAUUGACCCCACUUACAUUGUGGCAACAUCGUAUGACAUAAUGGUGGAUUCAGAGGCUGAAUAUACGCAUUACAAACCCCCACUAAACCGCCCUCUGCGGCCUGGGAGCUGGAUCGUGCGUGUCCUACAUCUGUGGGUUCUCCUGGCAGAAACCAAGUUCCUGGUGGUUCCCCUGGCCUACAGUGGGAAGCAACCUUUCAGAAAAGGACAAGACCAGUGGUUACACGCCGGCCCACCGAACAAUGAGUAUAUGGACCAGAGUUUCCAGCACCUCAAUGGGAUUCUGAACCUUCCUCCAUCAGAUAUUGCUAUAAAGGAGGCUUUCCGUAACUCUCACCUCGUUGGCAAGCCUCUGGAAUUGUGGGUGUAUGAAAGUAUAGGCAAAUUCUGGUCAGCUACCAACACUUGUACAGUUGAACCUUCACCGUGCCCAUUGCUGCCACCUUGUCAAAAGACCAUCUGGAGUUCUCUAUCGGAUGACCCAAAAUCUGAACUGGGACCAGUCAAAGGUGAUGGACGCUUGAGGUAGCACAGAAGGUGGAGUUUGGGGGGGAGUGCAGUAUGCAGUAGUUAAAUAAGCAGAAAGAGACCCACCUGUGAACUGGCAUGUUGAUUCAGUGUCUUGUCACUCGUAGAUGGAAGAAUGACACCAAUCUAUUAAGAAGACAACAUAUAGAGUUUAAGAAGAAGGAGAUAUUAUAUGCCACAGAUACCCUGCACCACAGAUUAUCCCAGUACAAUACACUGAUUGGGUCUUUGGUGCAUGUUGAAUUGAGGUAUCUGACCUCAGCACAUGGUGGCUGCAAGAGGAAUUAUAGAACUGUCAUCCCUCAAUGAUUCGGCAUCAGUUGAACUUUGGGGAAGCUCCAACAUUCCUGGUUUCACCCGACUGCCUCUGGAAUCUUUGAUUUCUGCUCAGAUCCAGUUUGUGGUUGAUUUUGAGCUAACUGCCAUUGAGGGUGGAAUGAAAUGAAAUUUUCAGUAAUGUCAAAGUUAUCUCUACAUCACUGCAAGGAAGAAAUCAAGCAACUUAAGGUGUUAUGCAUUUUAACAUAUGACACUAACUUCAGAACUCUUUAUAAAGACGUUCGUUACAAAAAAAAAUUCUCUCUUCAAUUUUUGCUCAUCCUGUUGAAAAAUAUCUGGGCUAGGGAGUGAAGCACUUUCCAUUCAGGCAUCCAGUGUCAAAUCAAACACCAUCUGAGCAGAUAAAGCUUAGAAUUAGAUACAGUUUAAACUACCAGUUAUGCUAUCCCCACCUAACCCCCACAGGCUAGGUACGGAAUAAAACGCCCAUUGCACUGUCUUGACAUUUAGGCUCUGCUUAUAGCUGAGAAGAUGAUUUAACAUUUUUUCACAUCCUACAUCACUCAUCCUGAGUGAGAUUGUCGAUGUAGUGAUGAAUAAUCAAAUAUAAAAUAAGCUUGUUUCUAAUUUGCCUGGUUACCUCAGGAUGUCACAAACAUUCCAGUCUAUUACAUUUGAAAUCCAGUCACUGUUGUGAUUCACUAGAUAGAAAUAACCAAACAGAGAAGAAUGUAAAAAUAGUGAGAAAAAAUUCUCAAAAGAACUGAAUCAUCUUAAUCUGAUGCUUGACUAGGUGGGACUGCAAUGAGGGUUAGCACUGUUGAGUUCAGGGAAACACCGUCCAGGUCUCUCACUAUAGAUCACAAACCAAUAACCUGUACAGAGAAGGCCUCCUCAGGCGAGGGCAGGAUUGAAUUCAUCCCAAGGUUUUCAGUGAUUGAAUGUUGAACUCUCAAUCUUGGCUGUUAAAGUUUAUAUAAGGUAUGUUAUAUGAGAUUAUAUGGCCAAUUUUAUGCGGUACAGAUUUACAGCAAUGAUGAAGUAAUUCAGCUGUUGUGGAAAAUGACCGGAAUUUUGUUUUUACCCAGUGAGUUAAAAUCAUAGAAGUAUAGAAUCCCUACAGUGUGGAAACAGGCCAUUUGGUCCAACAAGUCCACACCGCUCAUCCGAAGAGCAUCCCAUCCAGAUCCAUCCCCCUACUCUUAACCUGUAACUCAACAUUUCCUGUAGCUAAUCCACCUAACAUACACACCCCUGGAUACUGGGCAAUUUAUCUUGGCCAAACCACCUAACUCACGCAUCUUUGGACUGUGGGAGGAAACCGGAGCACCUGGCAGGAACCCAACAUCUAGAAAGCACUGCCCGAACAAGUGGUGAAGGUAGAUUUAAUACUAAUAUCCAAAUAUAAGUAGGAAAAAUAUUUGAAAGGAAGCAUUUUUAUGUCUGUGGGGGAAAAAGCAGAGUGGGCCUAUUCAGAUACCUUCUUGAAAGAGCCAUCAAGUACAUGGCCCCCUGCGCUGUAUCUUUCUGUACUCCAGAGGGUGACGCAUGCUGCACCCCAGUGAAGGAAGAAAUUCAGUUUUUUUUUGCAAUGGAAUCAUUGUUGGCAUUAAACACAGUUUUCAUUUGAAAAACAUACAAUGUGCUAGUGCUUCCUGUAUGAGUGCAACAUUCCAGCUGACCUCAUUCCCCCAUUCUGCUUCUAAUACAGAGAGGUUCAGAGUUCAGUAGUUAUUUGAAAGGUAUUUUGAUUUCAUUUUAGUCUUCAUGAUUACCUGAACAACUUGUUUUGAUGGAACAGUAUCUAAAGGAACAUUGCAUAAUUUCUGUAAUAUAGGAAAUGUUUUAUUGUGUCUAGUUCCCUCACUGUGACAAUAGUACUGCAUUAUUACGUAUGACUAAACACAUUUUCUUCCUUGAUUCAGCUUUUACUGUAUUUUGCUUCAUUACCUUGCCACUCAAAAUUCACAAACAAAUGAGAAUUCAUAUUUUUUUCAGUAAUA